UGGAGCCAUCCUGAUGAACAUGUGGGGAUGCACACGGUGACCAGCGGUGAAAAGCCUCCCUGCACCAACAUACCCCCAACAUCCUCAUCACCCAGACUGUGUCCUGUGAAUGGAGAUUCAAUUCUGCAGGCUACGAGUGCAGAGUGAUCUCUCGUGCACUGGUUCAUGAGCAUUCAGACAUUGGGAAGAUGGAUGGGUCAGCAGAGGGCUUUCCUCGAAAAUAGUCAGCACGGCUCACCCCAUGGACGUGAACCUCUCGGCAGUCGCUGUGCAGUGGGCAUUCUCUCUGGGGAACUCCAGCUACCAUCCACUGGGUGACCACAAAGUCUGGGAGGUUGUGGUGAUCACCCUGGUGACAGCCAGCCUGUCCUUGGUGACUGUCACCGGCAACAUCCUAGUGGUUCUGUCCUUCAAAUUCAACCGGCAGCUGAAGACGGUGAAUAACUAUUUUCUCCUGAGCUUGGCCUACGCAGACUUGAUCAUCGGCAUAAUAUCCAUGAACCUUUAUAGCACCUACAUCAUCCUGGGCCGCUGGGCAUUGGGUCCUGUAGCCUGUGACAUCUGGUUGGCCUUGGAUUAUGUUGCCAGCAACGCGUCCGUCAUGAAUCUCCUGGUGAUCAGCUUUGAUCGCUAUUUCUCUGUCACUCGCCCACUGACCUACAGGGUGAAGCGGACACCGAGAAGAGCCGUCAUCAUGAUUGUUCUGGCCUGGAGCAUCUCUGUCCUCCUCUGGGCUCCGGCCAUCUUGCUCUGGCAGUACGUUGUGGGCCAGCGGACAGUGAAGCCGGGAAGGUGCGCUAUCCAAUUCCUCUCGGAGCCCGGCAUCACCUUCGGCACCGCCAUUGCUGCCUUCUACCUGCCCGUCACCAUCAUGACCGUCCUGUACUGGCGCAUCUACAGUGAGACCAAACAGCGUGCCAAGGAGCUGGCUGCCCUCCAGGGAACAGGCAACAGCUGGACCAAGAAUCCCGCCAGCGGCCAGAGCGGCAAUGGCAGCUGGGGGAGGCGCUGGCUUUCCGGAGGGCCUCAGCGACUCUCCAACGAGGGUGGGGAGUCCUCCGCCUUCAUAAGAGGUUGCGAGCCCCAGCUCCAGCUGGAGGUGGUUCCAGACGGCAGCAGCCGUGCGAGCUCCAACAACGCCAAGCCGCUGGACCCUGGCGGUAAGGCAGACUCGAGGGCAGGGCCAUCGCUCUGCUGCCUGCAGAGACAGGCAGCUGGAAGCAAACCCAGCAGGCAGAAAAGCAGCCCCACCCCCGCCAAGGAUGCCGCCGUCUCCGUCAGGAAGGCAGCAUCGAGAGACAGUCAGUCGGGGCUAGAACUGGAGCUGGAGCAACUCAGUUUCCCUAAACCUGGGCUGGUGACCAGGCCAGGCAGGGACUCAUCCAGGGAGCACAGGCAAUUAUUACAGCCCGAGAAACCGCUUUCCACUUCCCCCUCAUCGAAGGAUGAAUCUUCGGCCAGUCACUCCAUUCACAAGGCCAAGAGUGGCCUGGUGCAGAGAAAGAGGAUCAUCAUUAAGGAGAAGAAAGCUGCAAAAACUCUGUCCGCCAUUUUGCUGGCUUUUAUAGUCACCUGGUCUCCGUACAACAUCAUGGUGCUGGUGUCGGCCUUUUGCAAUGACUGCGUUCCCAAAGGCCUUUGGCAGUUAGGAUACUGGCUCUGCUACAUUAACAGCACCGUUAAUCCCAUGUGCUACGCCCUGUGCAACAGGGAGUUCCGUAUCACCUUCAAGAUGCUCCUGUUGUGCCGCUGGGGCAAUAGGAAACGGACACUGAAACCUCCGGCGAGGCAAGCUGCCCCAUCCUAGGAGGCUUACCAUCCCCGAGUCUGGAAUUCUGGGACUACAAUACCAA